UUCGGAACUUUAAUUGCCCAGGCGCAUGCGGUAAAUAGGUUGACAAGAGCAGAAGACAAUACACAAUAUUUCUGUUUGUUUACAGAUUAUAACGUGGAAAGUACAUGUCCACAAGUGGUUACAACAUUUUCACAGAUUGUCUGAAAAUAUGAAGAGGAGAAAUGCCGAUUGUAGUAAAAUACGACGCCUUCCAAAGCGGAGCAAAAUAACGGAAGGUUUCUACGGAAGCACAUUUCUGUACCUGAAGUUUCUUAUGGUGUGGGCCCUUGUUCUAAUGGCAGAUUUCAUUCUGGAGUUCCGGUUUGAGUACUUGUGGCCAUUCUGGUUGCUGGUUCGAAGUGUUUAUGACUCCUUUAAAUAUCAAGGCCUGGCUUUCUCAGUUUUCUUUGUUUGCAUUGCUGUCACAUCAGAUGUAGUGUGCUACCUGUUUAUCCCCGUACAAUGGCUUUUCUUUGCUGCCAGUACUUAUGUAUGGGUGCAAUAUGUUUGGCAUACAGACAGAGGAAUAUGUCUUCCGACAGUAUCAUUAUGGCUUUUAUUUGUUUAUAUUGAAGCUUCAGUUAGACUCAGAGAACUCAAGAAUUUACCAUUUAAUCUAGAUUUAUGUCGACCAUUUGCAGCUCAUUGCAUUGGUUAUCCAGUUGUCACAUUAGGUUUUGGUUUCAAAAGUUAUAUAUCAUAUAAAAUGAGAUUGCGGAAGCAAAAAGAGGUACAAAAAGAAAAUGAAUUUUACGUCAAUUUAAUACAGCAAGCACUGCCAACAGAAUUACAGAAUCAGUAUAUUGAAAAACAGAAAGCUUUACCUUCAAAGUCAGAGGAGGAAGAAAUCUCACAAAAUGGGGAUGUUGGAGGAAAAGUGAACACAUCAAAUAAAAGUGACCAAAAGUCACCUCCAAAAGACAUUAAUGAAGAUGAAGAGUUAGAAUUUAUAGAACAGAUACCGCCCAAAUCUAAGACAGAUGUCAAUCAGUUCCAAGACGAGACAGCUGAUAAUAUUUUAAAUGACCAACAUGUCAAGUCCUAUAAAGCAAAUAGUGUGAAUAAAACCUCAAACACCUCAAGUAAACUCAACAGUUCUAAAGACAAUAAAAAAGGCAAAAAUAAUAAUACAAAGGAUAUCAACACUACAGCCAGCUUUAGUAAUAACAGAGAUGAAGUUAUAUCUAGAUUAGAGAGUGAUAUUAAAAAAUUAAAAGCAGACCUUCAGUCUAGUCGAAACACAGAGCAGGAACUCCGAUCUCAAAUGAACUCAUAUAUUUCUGGAGACAAAUCCUUACGCUCAGAUAUAUAUCAACUUCAACAGGAUAAUGAGAAUUUACAGAACAAAUUACAUAAUCUUGUCACAAGUAGGCAGCAAGACAAACAGAAUAUAGCCAGCUUAGAAAAGAAAAUUAACGAAGAAAGGAAAAUAAGGGCUGGAAUAGAAUUACAACUCGGUGCCGAACGGAAAGCCAAGAAAGCAGAAGAAGCGGCAGCAGCACGAGCGGUAGCUCUAGCCACAGCUGCUUCAGCUCAGAGGGCUGAAUGCACAGAUGUUUGUAAACAAAGACAGAGAAAUAUAGAAAAUGAUAUCAAACAGCUCAAAAGGGACCUUAUGCUUCGAGAGGAACAAUAUAGACAGUUAGAAUAUGAGAAUCAGAAUCUUCGACAGUACAAGGAUCAACAGAAUGAAACAGAAGUACUCAUGUCAGCACUUUCAGCAAUGCAGGACAAAAACACUCAUUUAGAAAACAGUCUCAGUGCUGAAACUCGCAUCAAAUUAGACCUGUUCAAAGCAUUGGGGGAAGCUAAACGACAGAUUGAUUUAAUGAAAGAGCUCCACCAGGAGAAAGACAAAGAAUGUGCAGACCUAAGAUCUAAAAUGACAGAGGCUAUGGCACUGACCAUGAUGCCAACAUCGAGUUCUCCAGCCAUGAAUGGAGUGGCUGACCUCUCCCCGACUCCCUUGUACUCGGCUCCCUACAACAUGAAGGAGGAGAUGAUCAUGAAGUCCAAUCUGAACCCUAAUGCCUCAAACUACACACCAAAAACCACCAUGUAGGCCAGCCAGUGUGGAAUCUGGAACUUUUUUUUUUUUUGGAAAUACUAGGCUUGUCUUUUCAGUAGACUUAAACUCACAAAGAAUUCUUAUUUUGUACUCCCUUUAAAAGAAAAUGUUAAGAUUGGAAGCAAUGAGUCUUUAAUUUCACUGAGGUCAGACAAAAAAUAUAAUGUUUGUAUCUUUCGUAUUGAGGUAAGAUGUCGAUUAAGGUCUGAUGACACGUUGCUUGAAUAUCUGUUUUGUAUCUCUUCGUAAUAUACAACAAAUUAAUCAUAAUUAUCAUUGUCUUGUGAUUUUUAAACUGUUUUUAAAAUGUCUAAGCAGAUAUAGAUACCAAAAAUGUGAUAUUUGCAAUGCUAUUGAUUUUCAAUAUGAUUAUAAGUAAAUAGGAUCCUCUGGUAUCUUGUACAAAUGCCUGGUAAGGUGCCUUAAUUUUUUGUGAGGAAUUUGGUUAAAGUAGCAAUAUUUCAGUGACAAAUUCUUUGAAAAAAAUAUAUAUUAUUGAGGAAUGUGUCAUCUGACCUUAAUGAGUAGAGUAAUAUUAAUAUGUGAAAGUUGUUUUUAAGUAGAUUUUGUUCUAAAUAAUAUGAUAUUUUCAUCAUAUUAUUUCUCUCACCAGUAAUGAGCCAAUUGGGAAUUUACAUGCAUGUGCAUACAAAUUUUUUUUCUUUAAAGUCUCUUUGAUUCAAAUUUUAACAUUUUACUUUGAGGGAGUUGAAGUAUAAAGCAUUUAUUUCAAUUAAAACACAUUUUUUGUUCAAAACUGUGGACUGCUGAUGUGAAUUUUGUUAAUGGACAGGUAUCCAAAGUGUUCAAUAUUUAAUUUUAAUUUGUCUCAGAUAGAGUAGAGCUAUUUAUUGCACUUCUUACAAGCUAAAGCCAAUCCUUGACUGUGUCAUCUCUAUAAGCAUUCGAGUAAGGACAACAUUUUUGAAAGUAUUGCUACUUGUCAAUUGAAAUGGUAGAUUUAUUGCGUGUAAUUCAGAAGACAACUGUUAAGUUCACUUUAAUAAUUUCUCAACCUGAUUUUCUCUGAGGAAAGCAUUGUUCACAUGCUGACAUGAAAACUUCAUCCAUUUUAAAUUAUCUGUAUAUUGUUUUAAUUCAGAGCUUUAUGAUGAGACUAGGUCUUGAAACUAAAGUAAAUGGGAGAAAAGAUUCCUGUUUUUUUUUUUUUGUUUUUUUUUAAUUAAUCUAGGAAAAACAGGAUUUUCAAAGUUGUUAGAGAUGCAUGCUACAAACAAACCAAAAAAACAAACAAACAAAAAAUAAUUAUUAAGAAAUUGUAAACUUUCUAUGAUAUUCAAAAUUCUACCUUUUUGCCAUCACCCUUAUACAUGUAAGAAUUAUCAGGGAGAGUAGGUUGAUAUGAAGUUGGAAAACUGACUUAAUCAGUUGGUCUUUCUGGAUAAACAUAUCAGUGACUGUAAUGACUUUUUCUGUAUGUUUUUAUCUUACUUUAACACAAAGAAUAGGAUAUUCCUAAUCAACUGCUUUGGUACAUAUCACUGAGAUCUUUUUGUAAGUUAUUAAUAAGCCACACCCCAUGACAUUUCUAACAAUACUUCUGCAGAGAAAAUUUGGAAUUUGUAACUAUUUUAAGUUGGGCCUUUCUUUCUGUAUGAUAUUUUUUGAGUUAUUUUCCAAAGAAAAUGCUUUGACACUUGUAUUGAAGAAGAAAAGUUCCUCCAAGAACUUGAUAUUUUUCUUAUAUGUCUUCCCCUGACUGUAGUAUUUAAAGUGACCAAUCAAAUUCAAAACAUAAAACAGAGGCAUUUUUACUACUUAAGAUCAAAAUAUUUAUGAAGGUAUCAGACUCUUGCUUUUCUGGGAGUGUUUGUACAGAGUGAUCUGCCCUGUUGUGGUCUUUGUCUUUAUAUGCUACAGUCCUGGGAAGAUAUAACACCCUAUAUGUUUAGUUAUUGUGACUGUAACCCUGUGGUUGUUUUUGCUUUGUAUCAUUAGUUUUUGGUGUUCAUAACCUCCAGAAAGGGAGGUCACCUCAGAGGGAGGUCAAGGUUAAGUGCUGUGGAAGGUACCACAUAUUGUCCAGCUGCUCUAAGGACAGAGACAGUGGAUAAAAAUGCCCUGAACUUGCUGCCAGAAAUAAAAGCUAGCAAAUAUCAAA